UCCCAUCAGCCGCCGCUGCAUCAUCAAUAUUUCAUCGGCGUCAAUAAGAGGCAGCCGCAGGGACAGCGGCCGCAGCAGCACUCGAGCCAGCUCCGGUCACAGCUCAUCUGGGGAGUCAGACUCCCAUCCCUGCCCACCGCCAUGGACGUCUUCAAGAAGGGUUUCUCUAUUGCCAAGGAGGGUGUGGUGGGGGCCGUGGAAAAGACCAAGCAGGGAGUGACGGAGGCAGCUGAGAAGACCAAGGAGGGUGUCAUGUAUGUGGGAGCUAAGACCAAAGAGGGUGUUGUGCAGAGUGUGACUUCAGUGGCUGAGAAGACCAAGGAGCAGGCCAACGCCGUGAGUGAGGCCGUGGUCUCCAGUGUCAACACCGUGGCCACCAAGACUGUGGAGGAGGUGGAGAACAUUGCAGUCACCUCUGGAGUGGUGCACAAGGAGGCCCUGAAGCAACCUGUCCCCUCACAGGAGGAUGAGGCGGCCAAAGUGGAAGAGCAAGUGGCUGAGGAGACCAAGAGUGGGGGAGAUUAGAAGGCUGCCAGUGAUCUGCAGAGGCCCUGAGGAGCAUGCCAUCGCCUCUUGGCACAAGGGGUGUCUGGUCCUGAAGUAGGACCCACAGAGCUGCCCAGCCCCACACCCUCAUCCAGCCCCCCACAGGCCGUCCCCCCGUGCUGUCUCCACCACUGCCGUCAGCUCCCUAGCCUUAUCCCUGCCCACCACCCUCUGAUCUUUCUGAUCCCCACAGAUGCUACUGUGAAUUUUUUUUUUUUUAUGAUUGUAAUGAUUCCAAAUAAAACUCAAAUCCCCACUGCA